AUGUGCAGGAAUUCAUCGAAACUUGGCGUUCAUAUAUCGCGUGUUAAGUCUGUCAAUUUAGAUACAUGGAGUCCCGAACAAGUCGUUUGUCUUCAACAAAUGGGUAAUUCACGAGCUCGUGCUGUGUACGAAGCCUUAUUGUCUGAUAAUUUCCGUCGUCCUCAAACUGAUUCUGGAUUAGAGAACUUUAUUAGAGCUAAAUAUGAACAGAAGAAAUAUAUAGCUAGAGAAUGGAUUCCUCCGCCGUUUCCACCAAAAGUUGAUUGGGAUAAAGAAAUUGAGGAGGAGCUUGAGAAUCAGAAACGCAAGAAGAAGUCAACACCAUCGACAUCAUCAUUACCAGAACCGACUGCAAAAACAACGACUAUAAGUAUCACAAAUAAUAUAAUUCCAGCUCCAUUACCAAAACCACAUUCACCGAAGAACUCGAGAUCGGAUGCAAAAAAAGUCGUUCCAAAUAUUCCACCAAUUACGGCUGCAGCAGUAUCAACAGCAUCGACUGACUUACUUGGACUUGAUACAUCGUCUAUUAACCAAACGAAUCAGACUGCACCAGUUACGACUUUACCUGCCGUACAGCAGAAAACUGAAAAUUCAAUUAGUGACACAUUUGACUUUUUCUCCGACUCAACAGUGUCGCAACCAUCUCAAGUACAGACUAAUGUUGCAAAAAAUGGCAAUAAUGAUUCAUUAAAACAGGAAGAAGAUGAUUUCUUUAAUCAAAAGUCAACAAUAGAGAAUGGUGCUGAAAAGGGUAAAUUGACUAAAGAUAAUAUUUUGGCACUCUAUGGAAAUAGCUCGUCGUCGCCAUUCCAAGCACCAACAUUUAAUGCCAAUUUUCAACAAGCACCACAGCCUGUGCAACAGCCACAAGAUGCAUUCUUUAAUUUUGGACAGCAAGUACCAUCAACUUUUAAGACACAAAUUCCACCUCAACAACCAUUCAUUCCCGUUGUGGGUCCGGCAACGACAAUGAUGGGAAAUUUUAAUACAAAUGGAAAUUAUGGAAACUUUAAUAGUUUUGGCACAAUGCAGUCGCAGCAGAUUAAUCGAUUGAAUGAAGAAAAUAUCAGAAAAAUUGAAAGUCUCAAUUUUAACAACUUUAAGUAA